AUGGCUAGCAUACGGUUAGCUCGCAUAUGGCAGAACUCCCCUCCGGAGACUUCUAAAGGAGAAAUUAUCUCAUUAAAGUCACCUACCCUAGCAGAGAGAAUGGAGGUUGAGAGCGAUACUGGGGUUCAAACUGGGAGCGACGGCCAGCCUCCCGGCACACCGCCGGAGGUAGCCUGGCGGCCAACGUUCAAGGAGAAAGUACUCGGGAAAGCAACGGUAGAGAAGGAAAAGCAAGUCCGGAAUCUGGUGGAGGCUGGAGUGAUGAAGAAAGAUCUCAUUGAGGGGAAUAGCUUCUUCCCAAUGUUUGAUUUCAAGGAUGAAUGUUCUUAUGAGGUGAUUUGCAAGCCAUGGCAGGAUUGCUUGGUCGUAAAACUGCUUGGAAAACACAUAGGCUACAAAGUCUUAGGUGAUCGACUACGCUCUUUAUGGAAACCUGCAGGAGGCAUCGAGGUUCGUGAUAUUCUACAUGGAUAUUUCCUUGUCCAGUUCGACCUGAAGGAGGAUCGUGAACAUGCUAUGGUUGGUGCCCCGUGGAUGAUAUAUCAUCACUAUCUCGCGGUGAAGCCAUGGACGCCGGACGUCGUCGCGGCGAACUCAGAGAUUAGUACCACCGCUGUUUGGAUACGUAUCCCUGGCCUUGGUUUUCAGUUUUAUGAUGAGAUUAUCCUGUUAACAUUGGCAUCUGCAGUAGGCACUCCUAUCCGAGUCGACAUGAAUACCGUGGAUAUGCAGAGACGGAAGUAUGCUAGGAUUUGUGUUGAAAUAGACCUGAAUAAGCCAGUUCUUGGAAGAGUGGGACUACGUGGGGUUUGGUACAACAUUGAGUAUGAGGGAUUGCAUCUUCUAUGCUCACACUGUGGUUGCUAUGGCCACCUUGCUCGUAAUUGCACCAGGACGCCCGUGCCCAAGCAGAACCCCUCGCCGGCAGCGACAACCAAGGUGCCACAGGAGGCGGCGGCGCCAGGCGCCGCCAGCAGCAUGCACUCCACAGGACGCAUCUCAGGCGGAAAACCUAGUAACGGAACAGACAAUGAUGGAGGCCGUAAUUCCAGGCGUGAUUGCAGCGACCAUUAA